AUUUUCUGUUACAACACGUGUCUCCCACCACUCAAUACAAAUUGACCCUUUCUCAGGUUUAACCCCUUCCUGUUCUAUUUUACGACGCAAAAUUGAGUAACAUAUGUAAUCAUGUCUUAUCAAAAUAAAAAUUAUUAUUUAAGCAGUCGUUUGGAAGAUGCAAAAAUGAUCGCAUACAUACGAAUUAUAGAUUAUGCUCAUUUAUUCAACACUGAAAAAUGGGAUGAUGUAGCAAAAGGGCAACUCAAUUCAUGGUCAGAAAUAUCUAAAGAUACAAGGUUGAGAGGGUUGUAUAAGGCAAAAAAAUGCUUAUACAUUUUCAAAAAAUCGGUCAAAAGAUUCAAUUGGAUUAGUAGCCAGCCAGCGAACACUCGGAAAAUGCAUCACUUUAAUCAGUAUAGAAUGUUCGAAAAUUACAAGAAAGAAAUUGAAGGAAAUAAUUAA